AUGGAUAUCGAUCAAGAAGUCCCCAUUACCCUUCGAGGGCUUACUCCACGAGAAGUCACCAUCACCGUUACCCUUCAAGUGCUUUGUCCGCGAGAGGAUGCGAGCCCAUUGCCGGAGGACUGCGAGAACGGGCGAAGCGGCUUUUUCUGGGACAGGUUCACGCGAACCCACUUCCUCAUUCUCCAGCGACGAAAUGUCCGGCGCAGCCUGUACGACCUCCUCUUGGUGAAGCAGCGAUUGCUCCUUGAGGUCUCUCUUGUGAUCGCCGAUCGCACAGCCAGCCCCUACAUUACGCUUCAAGGGCAAUUGGUAGACUGCAUCUUCAUGCACUCGGCCUUGCACUUGCAAAACGUGUUGAGGAGCGAGCGGUACUUGCACCUCCAGAAGAUGCCGGUCGAGAUGGCCUGCAAAGUCAUCAUGGGGAGGCGACGUGGCUUGGAAUUGUUAUCGGAGGCGGCAAUACAAGAAUCGAUGGAAUAUCCUGGCAAUUCCAGGACGGUCCCCGCGACUCAAGAGGCCAUCGACGCGCUAGAGAAGACGAAGCUAGACAAUGGUUGGCGAGAGGACGGCAGCACCGGAGAGCCGUGCGCGAUAUGCUUGGAAGAAAUGAAUCUACGUGAAGUGGAAGUUGCAAGCAUGCCAUGCAAGCACGAGUUCCAUCACGAUUGUCUCGCUCGAUGGCUAACGAUGAGCAAUAUGUGCCCAUUGUGCCGUUUCGCGAUGCCCACGAGCUUGAGUGAUGUUGACUAA